AUGCCAUGGCAGACUCAGGGAGAGCUGUUCCCAGGCCGAGAGCAGGAAGAGCAGCUCAGGCAGCAGGUGGAAGAGCCACAGGAGAAUGGCCAGAAGAUGAAGGCAGAGCCACAAGCAGAGCUGCCCAAAGCUCAGAGUGACAUCAUGGCAGUGAAGAGGAGGAACAAGGAAGACAUGGGAAGAAUUCAAGAGGAGAAUCUCCAUCAACAGAGGGGCAAUCAACAAAACCAGAACAUCAAGGAAUACCUGCAGGCCGAGCUGCAGAAAACUGACGCUAGGAUCAGGGCAUUGGAGAAGAGGCUUGAGGAAGACAUGAAAAUCAUCAGAGAGAAAGCUAAUCCCCUCCCUCAGGCUCUGCAAAAGCAAGUGCAAGUGUUGACAUCUCACCGGGCAGCCUGCAAAGACUUCCAGCGAAUUUCUGGCAAUGAAGAGCCCCAAGGUCGGCAUGAAGCACAGGAACAGUGCCCACCAGAAGUGCUCCAGGUUGAGCACAUCUACACGGGCUCUGGCACUAAAGCUGCUGCCGCAGCAGCAUCACCUCGAGGAACCUCUAUUGUCAAACCUGGGAUCUUGAUCUCGGGCAGUUUGUUCAUCUCCAGUGCUGAGAGCAGCAUGGCUGCUGCAAACCAGGAGACUGAGGAGAAGUACCUGGAGAUGCUGGGGAGAAUGGUGAACCCCAUUGAAAAUCCUGUGAAGAAAUACACUGAACUGGAACAUAUUGGCAGCGGGACUUUUGGAGAUGUUUGCCGAGCACUCAACAAUGCCACAGGGAGAGAGGUGGCCAUAAAGAAAAUAAAUCUCCAAGGACUGAAGAGGAAGCAAGUAACUGUCAAUGAAAUCAAGGUCAUGAAGUGCUACAGGAGUCCCAAUGUUGUGAAUUAUUUAGACAGCUACCUUCUGGGCGAGGAACUCUGGCUGGUUAUGGAGUACAUGGACGGAGGCACUCUGAGAGAUGUCAUCAAUGAGUCUAACAUCUUUGAAGGCCACAUUGCAGCCAUCAGUCGGGAGGCUAAACUCAUGAUAGCCAUAAAAAGGACCCCACGGCUGCGGCAGCCCAACCGAUUCUCGCCUUGCCUGCGUCACUUCCUGGGCUGCUGCCUGCAGAGAGACGAGGAGCAGCGCUGGUCGGCCAAGGAGCUCCUGAAGCUGGCUCCCGCUGCUCCUGGAGAAGAAGCUAAAGAGGAGCAAACUGAGGUGGAUGACCGCCAGCCUCCAUCAGUGGUCACACCAGAGCCUGGAUAUUCUGGAGCUGUGCUUCUAGAGAGAGAGCAGGAGCAGAUUGCUUCAUCAGAGAUGCCAUGGCAGACUCAGGGAGAGCUGUUCCCAGGCCGAGAGCAGGAAGAGCAGCUCAGGCAGCAGGUGGAAGAGCCACAGGAGAAUGGCCAGAAGAUGAAGGCAGAGCCACAAGCAGAGCUGCCCAAAGCUCAGAGUGACAUCAUGGACGUGAAGACAAAGAAUAAGGAAGACAUGGGAAGAAUUCAAGAGGAGAAUCUCCAUCAGCAGAGGAGCGAUCAACAAAACCAGGUUAGUGAAAGAGUGGCAGCCACUCCACUCAUGAAAUGUCCUCUCCCUUCUCCUUUACAGUCUAUCAAGGGACACAUGCAGGCAGAACUGCAGGACCCUGAGGCUAGCAACAAGGUAAGGGAGAAGAGGCUGGAGGAAGAAAUGAAAAUUUUCAGAGAGAAACCUAAUCACCUCCCUCAGGCUCUAGAAGAGACUGAGGAGAAGUACCUGGAGAUGCUGGGGAGAAUGGUGAACCCCAAUGAUAAUCCUGUGAAGAAGUACACUGAAAAGGAACAAAUUGGCAGCGGGAGUUUUGGACAUGUGGUCAGAGCACUCAACAAUGCCACAGGAGGAGAGGUGGCCAUAAAGAAAAUAAAUCUCCAAGGACUGAGGAAGAAGCAACUAACCAUUAAUGAAAUCAUGAUCAUGAAGAGGUAUAGAAGUCCCAAUGUCGUGAAUUAUUUAGACAGCUACCUUCUGGGCGAGGAACUCUGGCUGGUUAUGGAGUACAUGGAUGGAGGCGCCCUGAGUGACGUCAUCAGCAAGACCUACCUGUCUGAAGUCGAAAUGGCAGCCAUCAGUCGGGAGUGCCUGCAAGGACUGGAUUUUCUUCAUUCAAACCACGUGAUCCACCGAGAUGUGAAGAGCGACAACAUCCUUCUCAGAACCGACGGUUCUGUCAAGCUGGCUGAUUUUGGCCUCUCUACUCAGCUCACCCCUGAGAAGAAUAGAAAGAGCGUGAUAGCCGGGACUAUUUGGUGGAUGGCGCCUGAAAUGGUGAAGGAUCAACCAUAUGGCCCCAAAGUGGAUGUAUGGUCUUUUGGAAUUGUGGGGAUUGAAAUGGUAGAUCAAGAACCUCCUUAUUGCAACCAAAGUCCUUGCACGGCUAAAUGCCUGAUAGCCACAGUAGGGACCCCAAAGCUGCGACAGGCCAAGCACCUCUCGCCUUGCCUGUGUGACUUCCUGAGCUGCUGCCUGCAGACAGAUGAGGAGCAGCGCUGGUCGGCCAAGGAGCUCCUGAAGCAUCCAUUUGUACGUUCAGCCAAGCCAGCGUCCAGCCUGGCACUACUCAUCAACUCAGUCAAGAAGAGGAAGUAG